UCCAAUGUAAGAUGGUGGCUAGAAGGUGCUGCUGCAACAUACAGAGAGGCUGAAAGAAAAGGCAAGGCAUUUGCUCAACAAAUCAAAUCCAAACUGAACAAAAAAAAAAACGCAGAAAGAAUUCAAGGUGCCUGCUAACACAAUUCUGGGCAGUUCAGAAAGAUAAUCAAUCCCCGCCCCAUUUGAUCUGAAUAUACCUUUGGAGGAGUCUCAGAGAGCCAUAGAGAGACAGGCCCUGUUCUCAGCCCUGCUGCGUUUCCUCUGCUGCGAGAUCUCCAAGACGUGCCAUAGGAUGUCGCGUAGCCCCGAGGUGAAGGAGGACCCCAUGGAGUGCCCCCUCUGCAUGGAGCCCCUGGAGAUCGACGACAUGAACUUCUUCCCCUGCACCUGCGGGUACCAGAUCUGUCGCUUCUGCUGGCACCGCAUCCGCACAGACGAGAACGGGCUCUGCCCCGCCUGCAGAAAGCCUUACCCCGAAGACCCGGCCGUGUACAAACCCCUCUCACAGGAGGAGCUGCAGAGGAUAAAGAACGAGAAGAAACAGAAGCAGAACGAGCGGAAACAGAAGAUCUCGGAGAACCGCAAGCACCUGGCCAGCGUGCGCGUGGUGCAGAGGAACCUGGUGUUCGUGGUGGGACUUUCACAACGGCUAGCUGACCCAGAGGUUUUAAAACGGCCAGAAUAUUUUGGGAAGUUUGGGAAAAUACACAAAGUAGUCAUCAACAACAGUACAUCGUAUGCAGGCUCACAGGGUCCCAGUGCCAGCGCGUAUGUCACUUACAUUCGAUCUGAGGAUGCGCUCAGAGCCAUACAGUGUGUCAACAAUGUAGUAGUAGAUGGUAGAACACUCAAGGCUUCUUUAGGUACAACAAAAUACUGCAGCUACUUUCUAAAAAGUAUGCAGUGUCCCAAACCAGAUUGUAUGUAUCUUCAUGAACUGGGAGAUGAAGCUGCCAGUUUCACAAAAGAGGAGAUGCAGGCGGGGAAGCACCAGGAAUACGAACAGAAAUUGCUACAAGAGCUGUACAAAAUGAACCCUAACUUCCUGCAAACCUCAGCAGGUGGAGGGGAGAAGUCAAAGGGCAAAGCCAGCACAUUGCAAAGACCCAACAGUAACAACAAAGACGCAUGGCCAUCAUUACAGAGUUCCAGUAAAGCAGUAAAUGGGCUCGCAAUUGAGCAUCGGAAAUCGCCUCCUCUUUUGGACAACUGUUCCGAUCAAGAACACAUGACGCCAGAUGGACCUGACUCGGAGUUGGGGCAAGUAACCACCCUUUCCCCCUUCUCGUCGGCUUGUGACCCUGCCAGUCCAAGCGACAAACCUCCAGAAUCCCUUAAUAUAGGGAACGGUGAGAAUUUACAACAGAUCCCCAGCAGCGAUUCCCCCUCGCCCCCACCUGGUCUGACAAAAUCGGCCUUGGUGGUCCCCAUCAGCGCAUCAAACCACAGUGCGCGCUCUCCCUUCGAGGGCGCCGCCGCCGAGUCGCAGUCUCUGUUCUCGGACAACAGUAACUUCCGACACCCAAACCCCAUUCCCAGUGGCCUGGCUCCUUUCCCAAGCUCCCCUCAGAGCAACUCAGACUGGCCGACCGCACCGGAACCACAGAGCCUCUUCACAUCAGAAACUAUACCGGUAUCAUCAUCCACAGACUGGCAGGCAGCCUUUGGGUUUGGUUCCUCCAAGCAGCAAGAGGAUGACCUUGGGUUUGACCCAUUUGACAUUACUCGCAAAGCUCUGGCGGACCUGAUUGAGAAGGAGCUGUCAGUACAGGACCAGUCACCCCUCUCUCCAGGCUCUUUACACAAUCCCCUUCACGUUCCCUCAGCCAAGGGGCCAGGGACUGGAUUCAUGCACAACGCAAUGCCUUCCAACUUCCCCAACUCCGUGCUGCCUCAGCGGUUCCCCCAGUUCCAGCACAGAGCAGUAUACAACUCAUUCAGCUUCCCCGGCCAGCCAGCCCGGUACCCCUGGAUGGGCGUCCCACGCAAUAACCUCAUGCACUUGAACCACACUGCAAACCCAACCUCAAAUAGCAAUUUCUUGGACUUGAGUUUACCGACACAGCACAGUACGGGCUUAGGAGGAAUUCCUAUUACAGAAAAUAGCAGUUCUAUAGAAAGUUUAAACGUGAAAGAGUGGCAGGACGGCCUGAGAGCUCUCUUACCGAACAUCAACAUCAACUUUGGGGGGCUGCCAAACUCCUCUUCCUCCUCCUCCUCUUCCUCCUCCUCCAGUGUCAACCACACAGGGGCGCCAUCGAGCUCGGGGGGUGUCUCGCACAAUCUGAGUUGGGACGGGUCAGGCAGCUGGAUGGACCCCGCCAUAAUCACAGGUAUACCCGCCUCUUCAGGCAACAGUUUGGACUCUCUCCCGGAUGACAAUCCACCUCACUGGCUCAAAUCUCUGCAGGCCCUCACAGAGAUGGACGGUCCCAGCUCAACUCUCCCCUCACAGCCACCUCACAGUACUCCCUUCAGCGCACAGAUCCCUCUUCACAGAGCAGGCUGGGCCCCCUACCCGCCUUCUGCCAACCCCACCAGCCAGUUUCAUUCACCGCCUCCUGGCUUCCAGACCGCUUUCAGACCCCCAACUCAGACCCCCACAGACCUGAUACAGAGCGCUGCUAUGGACCGUCACUAGGAAUUAAGAAAACACAAAAAUCAGCAGAUACAAACAAAACUAUUAACAAAUAAUAACAAGAUUAUAUAUUUUUCUUUCUCUGUAUUCUGAUCUUUUUCUGACUUUUUUUUUUUCCCCCACACACCCCCCCCUAUCCCAGACUCAUUUCUGGUCAUGGUGUCCAAAUUCAGCCUGGUCACAGGUUGCAUUACUGCAAUGGGAUUCCUGCUCGAUCGGUAGGCGAAGAGAUAAUCUGACGCUUUGAGACCUGGUCUGGAGGGGUCUUCAUGUUAACUCAAUGUUAGCUCUUCCAGAGUAGGAAUUAUGGGGAAUUUUAAAGAGAAACUGAUGUGAAUCUGAAGAUGGCGUAGAAAUUGCUUAACCUAAAGUUAAAAGAAUAGAAAAGCUUACUUGUAAUGAUACCCGAGAUAUGAUAAGAGAGAUUUUUGUUUAGGAAACAAAAUAAGAAGAGACAAUACUGGCCUUGAUAGCUAUGCCUAGCAGUGCUAUUCUGUUGUCUUCAUGUGGAAGAGACAAGAGGCCCCAUUGCCCCACAAAUCCUAUGGUUUUGAUGGUCUGGACUGUGAUCUGAAAGUUAAUUAUUUUGGCCAGUUAUUAUUCUUGGGAACUGUUUUACCUGCGGUCCUGUUUAUAUCAAAUGCACCCUAAUUGGUGGUGAAUAGAUAAUACUACACUAAAAAUGUUAACCCCACCCCCCUGGUCCGAGUUAUGUUGUGAAGGGCUGCACCCUAAUGCAAGCCGUGGGCUCUAAUGGGCUGUUUCUGAAUUCUAGGAAGUGACUCACUUGAAUAGGGAGUGACUUUGAGCACUGCUAGGAGCCUGCUCUGGGCUCUGCAGCUGUGCUGGAGAGCAGCUGGCACCCUCUUGUGCAGUGGCGUUUCAGACCCUCUGUAUCAGAGGGCACUACGUUGCAGAAGGAGAACAGGACUAGGAAAUCAAAGUGAAGGGAGACGCAUCGCUCCCUCUCUUGCCUGUUGAAGACUCUCGGUACCACUGUGUGGUGCCUGCCAUUGCAACCUUUGCUCACGAAGCACGUCCUAUUGAGGGCUCUUAGAACCCUUUGCUCCAGUCCAGCAUCAAGUCGCGCUUAUUUUCCAACAGGGCCCACUCUGUUGCAGUGAUUCAAGACAAAGGCGAUAUGUUAGUUGUAGUGAUAAGACAGCAGGAACCGAUGAGAAAAAUCUUAUCUGAAAUUAGGAUAAGUGGACAAUGAAUUAUGUUAGGGUCCUGCAGGAAUCCCGUAUUUUAAUUUAUUUUCUCAACCCAGCAUUAGUGAAAAGAAAAACAACGUAAAGGCACUUCUUGGUUCUUUUUCGGUUGGGAGUUGGCACGUGGCUGGUUACAAGAUGAAGUAAGUAAGGGCUUGUAGUUUGUGACUCGGAUGAAAAAAAAGUCUGUGGUGUUUUUUUUUUUAAUUUUGGCUCUAGUUUAAAUGAAAUUCAGCGUUUUUAAGGUAAGACAGGGCCACCUACGAGAAAUAAUUUAAAGUAAUGGGAUCUUUAUUUUCUUUCUAUCUCUCUACAUCAUUGUAUUUUAUUAUUUGGAACUGUGUGUGCUGGGAUAGUGGCGAUUAGGACAACGAGUGAUCAGCAGCCAAGAGCUUCAUCUUUGGCCUCCGUCAGCGGUUGUCUUUCUUUCCCCCCUCUUACAUUUUUAAUGGUCUUCUUAAUCCCUUCUCAUUGACUUUGUAGGUUCUUGCCGACUGUUCAGUAUUCAUAAGAAAAAUUCAAAGAGAAACAGAUGCAGUUAACCAUGGGUUUUACAUGUUGCUAAAAAAAAGUUUAAAAAUGAAGAGCUAAAGAAAUUGUACCUCUCUCUGCAGAUCUGGAACUAAAUCUUAAAUAAAAUUGAAAACUUGA